CAGAACUUGACGCUCAGUCUCCGCCCACGCGGUUAAAUCGAUUGAAACGCUUGUUCAUAUAACGCUCAAAAAACUUCCCAUCCUACAAAAUGAAGCACCUCGCAGCCUACCUCCUCCUUGGAAUCGGUGGAAACACCUCUCCCUCUGCCGCAGACGUUAAGGCUGUCCUUGAAUCCGUCGGCAUCGAAGCUGAUGAUGAGCGUCUUGACAAGCUUAUCUCUGAGCUCAAGGGCAAGGACAUCUCAGAGCUGAUCUCUGAGGGAUCCUCUAAACUCGCUUCCGUUCCAUCUGGUGGCGCUGGCGGUGCCGCUGCUGGUGGUGCUGCUGCUGCCACUGCUGGUGGUGACGCCGCCCCGGCUGCUGAGGAGGCUAAGGAGGAGGAGAAGGAGGAGUCAGACGACGACAUGGGCUUCGGUCUGUUCGACUAAGUGCAUUGGCUACAACUCUCUGCCUCACGACGUGUCACGAAACACAAGCCAGUCGAUGGCGACACGUUUCCCGGCUGGAAUUGGGAAAAGACUUUGCCCGCUUUGUUACGACAGUAUGAAACAUUUCAAGAACUCGGGAAGUGUCAAUUGGCACCCUUGUUCAAUAGUAACAUAGCCGAGUCUCGGACCAUAUAAUUUCAAAAAAUAGAAGAAAGUUACAUGCC